AGUAGCUAUUGAAAACCUGCGACCAUUAUAGCCGGUUCUACGAUUUGCAAUUAUACAAGGUAGAGAAAAGGAUUCCAAACUCUCUUUGUAGAGUUCCAAGCAAUGCGAAUUGCGCCUAUUUCUGUUCUUCUGAUAAUCCUUCUAACCUCUAACCUUUCCUUAUCAGAAGACCUUUCCCUUCCUAAUGAGAUCAGAUCAAUAAAGAAAGCUAAGCGAAGCGCCGGAGACAACGUCUGUCUUCAGGAAGUCAAACGAUCAGAGGAAUAUGAAGAUAUAGAAAAGAGAUCCAUCAAGACCCUCGUCGUCGAGAGAUGUGCGGGAGAGGACGGAUCAACCACUCCUUGCCGCCGAAUCAAGCGGUCUGAGAUCGACGUACCAGUGCUAAAGACACGCGAGGUAGUUGAGAUGGUAGCUAACUGCUGCGCCGGCUGGAGUAAGGACAGCAACGGAAAAUGUCUUGUCCCCGUGUGCGACGGUGGCUGUGUCAACGACGGCGAGUGCAAAUCUCCCGGAGAGUGCCUCUGCAAGGAGGGAUUCGAGGGUGCACGUUGCCAGCGCAAGAAACGUGCCGCUGUGCUAUAUGUUGACCGUGAAAUGGAAGAGCUUAUCAAGAAAAGAGUUGAGCGCUCCUUGGAGCGCAGCAAGCGUGCUACCUCCGGAGUUGUCGGCAACCCCGUCGAAGUUGGAUCACCGUGUACCAACGGAGAGACAGCCUCGUCAGGAUGUACCAGCUGCAGCUGUCAAAAUGGAGCCUGGGCCUGUGCUAACAUCGACUGUGACGGAGCUUGUUCCGUUCUCGGAGAUGGUCACUUUAUCACCUUCGAUAACAAGGCUUUCCAAGCUAAGGGAACUUGUGACUACGUCAUCGCCAAGGAUUGCUCUUCCUCGAGGCUCUUCGAGAUCUCCGUAAAGAUGGAGAAUCUUGGUGGAAGUCAGUCGGCAGUCACUGGUAUCGAGAUAAAAUACUCCGACAACAUCGUUUCUCUCAAAACUGGUGGAAAUGUAUACGCUAACGGAGCACCGACAGCCGUCCCGGCCAGUGUGGGAAGCAUAUACGUGCUCAAGUCAGGAUUCUACAUUCUCGUCAGCACUGCAGAAUUCACACUGCGAUUCGAUACCGUCGGUACAGUCUACUUGGAGAUCUCCAGCGACAUGGCUGAACGCGUUUGUGGUCUCUGUGGUGACUUUGACGGAGACGGAACUAACGACAUGCUCAGUAAACUCGGAGCACAGCUCAAUGAUGGCGACGCAUUCGCCAAGUCUUGGCAGACAGAUGCUACCUGUGACUCUGAAGCUUACUCAGCAGUAACUUGCAGUGGAGAUAGAGAGAAACAAGCUCAGAAUGAUUGCGAACUUAUCAAGCAAUACUCUGACCAAUGUGAAGAUAACCACGGUUACUACGACAUGUGUAUUGCUGAUGUUUGCUCUUGUUCUGAAGACAACCUUAGUCGAUGCACAUGCUCAUCACUCUCAGCUUACUUCAUGAACUGCAAAGAGGAGUACGCUUUGGACCUUGACUGGAAGCCUAGCUCCAUCUGUACUGACUAUCCUGAAACUUGUCCCAUUGGUAUGGAGUACAACUCCUGUGGUACAGCUUGCGUGUCCACUUGCAGCAACUACUUCACCACUAAAGCCUGUACUCUUCCCUGUGUUGAGGGCUGCUUCUGUCCUUCUGACAAGGUACUUGACGCUGAUGGUCAGUGUGUGGAGAAGGAUCAGUGUUCUUGUGUGUAUAACGACAACAUCUACGCUCCUGGAGAGGGCCGAUCAACUGAGUGCCAGAAAUGUACUUGUGAAUGGGGUGUAUGGAAGUGCCAGUCCAAGCCAUGUGGUGGAGUCUGCUCCGUCGGAGGUCAGGGUUUCUGGAAAUCAUUUGACGAGAAGGAUUUCAACUUCCUCGGGAGCUGCACAUACCUUAUGACACAGAACUGUGUUGAUGGUCCCCUCGCUAAAUCUACUGGAAGUCUCUUCAAGAUUUUCUCAAGAAGGAAUCUAGCCACUUGUGGUGACGACGAAGGCUGCGAGGCCCGUGAAGUUGAGAUAAACUUCAUGACAACGAAAAUAACAAUUGAUAACUCCAAUGCCAUCCGAGUUAACCAGAACGGAUUGUUCGAAGAAUUCAUCAAGCUUCCCUGGACCACAUUCGACUUCCAAGUGCGAAGGGUUUCAAGUUCCAACGUUCAGUUGACGAUCAAACACGAAUCUGCUCUCGGGCUUAAGGUGGACUGGUCAAAGAGUGAGAUCCGCGUCUACGCUCCUCAGCAGCUCGCUGACAACCUGUGUGGUCUGUGUGGUGACUUUGACGGACGACCCAACAACGACUUCGCUCCUUCAACAAGUAUUCUCUCCACUACAGAGGGAACAUUCAUCAACAGUUGGAGACAAGAACCUGAAUGUGAGACUAUUGAGAUCCCCGUAAAAUCGUACUCAGUUUCACAGAUAAGCCAGGCUGAGGGAGCGUGUGCUUACAUUAUGCAAGACGAGUCCUUCAAACUGUGCCAUACCACAGUUGUACCAUCACGUUACUACGAAAACUGUAAGACAGCGAUGUUGAAAUGUCUUGGAGACAAGGAGGAUUGUCAGUGUGAAGCCCUUGAUAUGUACGACACAGCUUGCUUCCAAAACGGAGUUUAUCUGAGCUGGAGGGAUAAUGCUAACAUCUGCCAGCCUGAGUGUGAUGCCGGAGAGGAGUACCAAGCUUGUGCCACAUCCUGUGUCAGGACCUGUGAGGAUAAGAGCAACCAGGACAAGAUCGUCUGUGAUUACAAAUGUGUUCGGGGAUGUAACUGCCCAUCUGGAUCCCUCUACAACUCGACUGUUGAUGGAGUCUGUAUUCCUGAGGACUCGUGUCCUUGUGUCUACAACGACCAGAAAUACGAACCGGGUGAGGUAUUGGAAGGUGAAUGCACAAGAUGUGUGUGUACCGACGGAAGCAUGGAAUGCACCAAGGAUCUAGACUGCCUCAGGGAGCUAACCGGAGCUGCUGUUUGCACCCACAAUGGUAUCGACUACACAGACGGACAGUCUUGGAAGAGGGAAUGCAACACGUGCACGUGUAACGGAGGAGUUAUAGAAUGUACGGACGAUACCUGCCCCGGAGAGUGCCACGCUUCCGGAGAUCCCCAUUACAAGACCUUUGACGGACAAAUGUUCGAGUUCCAGGGAUCUUGUGGUUAUGUGCUCUCACAGACUGUCAGACCUGUUGAUGGACUUUCUUACAAGAUUGUAACAGAGAACCAGCAGUGUGGAUCUCACCCAGUAACAUGUACAAAGAGUGUCAUCGUCAGUGUAACCAACCGAGAAAACACCAUCACUUACACCAUGCUGAAGGAUCGGGAGAUUACCCGAACUUUCAAUGAUGGACCUGCCAAAGCCAUGAGCAUUCCUUUCGAUGAUAAGGAAAUGUCUGUGGUUAUCGAUAAGGUCGGCUUCUUCCUCAUGGUCGGAUGGGACCAGGGAGACAAAUCACUCCGAGUCUUGUGGAACGGAGGAACCCAGGUGUACGUGAGAGCAAGUUCUGGUUGGGCUGGUCAGCUCCAGGGUCUCUGUGGUGACUACAACCAGAACCCCAAGGAUGAUUACAAGUUACAGAGCGGACUUACAGAACUAACUGCGUAUCCGUUUGCCAACUCCUGGAAAACUUCGGAGGUGUGUGCUGAUGCUGAAAAGAGCGAACAAACACCAUGCGAGAAGAACCCACUCCGGAGAUCCUUUGCAGAGACCAUGUGUGGGCUGAUAAACGACCAGAUAUUCGAAGCCUGCCAUCCUAUCGUGAACCCUGGUCCAUACUACGAGAACUGUCUGUUUGACGCUUGCGGUUGUGAUCUCGGUGGUGACUGCAUGUGUUACUGUGAAGCUAUCGAAACUUACGUAAGACAGUGUACUUCUCGGGGUAUUACUAUCAACUGGAGAGUAAAGACUGAUGAGUGCCAGGUCAUGUGCGAAUGGCCAAAGCAGUACGUAGAGUGUGGACCAGCCUGUCACGACAUUUGUGGAGUGAAGACAUGCAAGACGUUCACAACCAACGAGUGCUUUGAACAGUGCGCGUGUCCUGCGGGCCUUGUUGAGAACGAAUCUGGACAGUGUGUCGAAAUGGAUUGUAGCUCGCAUACUUCCACAACCAGCUCAACUUCUCCCUCAUCCUCCUCCUUCACAACAUCCUUUACCACGUCUUCAACUAUAUCCAGCUCAACAUCAACUACGACAACUCCAACAACGGUAUCUUCCACAACAACACCCACAUCAACAUCAUCUACAUCAUCUCCAAGUACAACUCCAACAGAAUCAUCAACUUCUCAAACAUCAACCACUUCAACAACAUCAACCAGUUCUACUUCAACUACAUCAAUGUCAUCAACAACGACAAGAACACCAACACCUUCAAUUUCAACAAGCACUACAUCAUCUUCCAGUACAACAACACCAUCAAGCUCAUCAAGCACAACCUCAUCUUCAACAACUACUCCAUCAAGCUCAUCAAGCACAACUUCAUCUUCAACAACGACCCCAUCAAGCUCCUCCAGCACAACAACACCAUCAAGCUCAUCAAGCACAACCUCAUCUUCAACAACAACUCCAUCAAGCUCAUCAAGCACAACUUCAUCUUCAACAACGACCCCAUCAAGCUCAUCAAGCACAACCUCAUCAUCAACAACAACUCCAUCAAGCUCAUCAAGCACAACUUCAUCUUCAACAACGACCCCAUCAAGCUCCUCCAGCACAACAACACCAUCAAGCUCAUCAAGAGAAACUUCAUCCUCAACAACAACUCCAUCAAGCUCAUCAAGCACAACCUCAUCUUCAACAACUACUCCAUCAAGCUCAUCAAGCACAACAACACCAUCAAGCUCAUCAAUAGAAACUUCAUCCUCAACAACAACUCCAUCAAGCUCAUCAAGCACAACAUCAUCUUCAACAACUACUCCAUCAAGCUCAUCAAGCACAACUUCAUCUUCAACAACGACCCCAUCAAGCUCCUCCAGCACAACAACACCAUCAAGCUCAUCAAGAGAAACUUCAUCCUCAACAACAACUCCAUCAAGCUCAUCAAGCACAACAUCAUCUUCAACAACUACUCCAUCAAGCUCAUCAAGCACAACUUCAUCUUCAACAACGACCCCAUCAAGCUCAUCAAGCACAACCUCAUCAUCAACAACAACUCCAUCAAGCUCAUCAAGCACAACUUCAUCUUCAACAACGACCCCAUCAAGCUCCUCCAGCACAACAACACCAUCAAGCUCAUCAAGAGAAACUUCAUCCUCAACAACAACUCCAUCAAGCUCAUCAAGCACAACCUCAUCAUCAACAACUACUCCAUCAAGCUCAUCAAGCACAACAACACCAUCAAGCUCAUCAAGAGAAACUUCAUCCUCAACAACAACUCCAUCAAGCUCAUCAAGCACAACAUCAUCUUCAACAACUACUCCAUCAAGCUCAUCAAGCACAACUUCAUCUUCAACAACGACCCCAUCAAGCUCCUCCAGCACAACAACACCAUCAAGCUCAUCAAGAGAAACUUCAUCCUCAACAACAACUCCAUCAAGCUCAUCAAGCACAACCUCAUCAUCAACAACAACUCCAUCAAGCUCAUCGAGCACAACCUCAUCUUCAAAAACGACACCAUCAAGCUCUUCGAGUACAACAACCCCAUCAAGCUCAUCAAGCACAACUUCCUCCUCAACAACAACACCAUCAAGCUCUUCGAGUACAACAACUCCAUCAAGCUCUUCAAGCACAACAUCAUCCUCAACAACUACUCCAUCAAGCUCAUCAAGCACAACUUCAUCUUCGACAACAACUCCAUCAAGCUCUUCAAGCACAACCUCAUCUUCAACAACAACUCCAUCUAGUUCAUCAAGCACAACAACAACUUCAAGUUCGUCUAGUACUACAUCGUCUUCAACUACUACUCCAUCCAGCUCAUCAAGCACAACCUCAUCUUCAACAACAACUCCAUCUAGUUCAUCAUCUACAACAACACCAUCAAGUUCUUCUUCAACUUCAAGCUCUUCAAUAACAUCUACCCCAAAUGAAACACCAACACCCACAUCAACAUCAUCUACAUCAUCUCCAAGUACAACUCCAACAGAAUCAACAACUUCUCAAACAUCAACCACUUCAACAACAUCAACAAGUUCUACUUCAACAACAUCACAGUCUUCGACAUCCACAAGAACACCAACUCCUUCAAUCUCAACAUCGUCAACAAGUACUCCUUCAAGCUCUUCGAGUACAACUUCAUCUUCAACAACAACACCAUCAAGUUCUUCGAGUACAACAACUCCAUCAAGCUCUUCAAGCACAACAUCAUCAUCAACAACAACUCCAUCAAGCUCUUCAAGCACAACAUCAUCUUCUACAACAACUCCAUCAAGUUCGUCAAGCACAACUUCAUCUUCAACAACAACACCAUCCAGCUCAUCUAGCACAACAACACCAUCAAGCUCGUCAAGCACAACUUCAUCUUCAACAACAACACCAUCAAGCUCAUCAAGCACAACAACUCCAUCAAGCUCAUCAAGUACAACUUCAUCUUCUACAACUACACCAUCAAGCUCUUCGAGUACAACAACCCCAUCAAGCUCAUCAAGCACAACAACUCCAUCAAGCUCAUCAAGUACCACAAGCUCCUCUACAACAACACCAUCCAGCUCCUCAAGUACAACUUCAUCUUCAACCACUACUCCAUCAAGUUCAUCUAGCACAACCUCACCUAGUACAACUCCAACAGAGUCGACUACCUCUCAAACAUCAACUACAUCAUCAACAUCAACAAGUUCUACUUCAACUACAUCACAGUCUUCAACAACCUCAAGAACACCAACACCCUCAGUCUCAACAUCAUCAACAACAACACCAUCAAGCUCUUCAAGCACAACAUCAUCAUCAACAACAACUCCAUCAAGUUCUUCAAGCACAACAUCAUCUUCAACAACAACACCAUCAAGCUCUUCUAGCACAACAACACCAUCAAGCUCAUCAAGCACAACUUCAUCUUCUACAACUACUCCAUCAAGCUCAUCAAGUACAACAACUCCAUCAAGUUCGUCAAGCACAACUUCAUCGUCAACAACUACUCCAUCAAGCUCAUCAAGCACAACUUCAUCUUCAACAACAACACCAUCAAGUUCAUCUAGCACAACCUCACCUAGUACAACUCCAACAGAGUCGACUACCUCUCAAACAUCAACUACAUCAUCAACAUCAACAAGUUCUACUUCAACUACAUCACAGUCUUCAACAACCUCAAGAACACCAACACCCUCAGUCUCAACAUCAUCAACAACAACACCAUCAAGCUCUUCAAGCACAACAUCAUCAUCAACAACAACUCCAUCAAGUUCUUCAAGCACAACAUCAUCUUCAACAACAACACCAUCAAGCUCUUCUAGCACAACAACACCAUCAAGCUCAUCAAGCACAACUUCAUCUUCUACAACUACUCCAUCAAGCUCAUCAAGUACAACAACUCCAUCAAGUUCGUCAAGCACAACUUCAUCGUCAACAACUACUCCAUCAAGCUCAUCAAGCACAACUUCAUCUUCAACAACAACACCAUCAAGCUCUUCAAGUACAACUACCCCAUCGAGCUCAUCAAGCACAACAUCAUCUUCAACAACAACUCCAUCGAGCUCAUCAAGUACAACUUCAUCUUCUACAACUACACCAUCAAGCUCUUCGAGUACAACAACCCCAUCAAGCUCAUCAAGCACAACAACUCCAUCAAGCUCAUCAAGUACAACUUCAUCUUCAACCACUACUCCAUCAAGCUCAUCAAGCACAACAACCCCAUCAAGCUCAUCAAGCACGACCUCACCUAGUACAACUCCAACAGAAUCGACUACCUCUCAAACUUCAACCACAUCAUCAACAUCAUCAAGUUCUACUUCAACUACAUCACAGUCUUCAACAACCUCAAGAACACCAACACCUUCAGUCUCAACGUCAUCAACAACAACACCAUCAAGUUCUUCAAGCACAACAUCAUCUUCAACAACAACACCAUCAAGCUCUUCUAGCACAACAACACCAUCAAGCUCAUCAAGCACAACUUCAUCUUCUACAACUACUCCAUCAAGCUCAUCAAGUACAACAACUCCAUCAAGUUCGUCAAGCACAACUUCAUCGUCAACAACUACUCCAUCAAGCUCAUCAAGCACAACUUCAUCUUCAACAACAACCCCAUCAAGCUCUUCGAGUACAACUACCCCAUCGAGCUCAUCAAGCACAACAUCAUCUUCAACAACAACACCAUCAAGCUCAUCGAGUACAACAACUCCAUCAAGCUCUUCAAGCACUACAUCUUCGUCAACAACAACACCAUCAAGUUCUUCUUCAACUUCAAGUUCUUCAAUAACAUCUACUCCAAAUGAAACACCAACACCCACAUCAACAUCAUCUACAUCAUCUCCAAGCACAACUCCGACAGAGUCGACCACUUCUCAAACUUCAACCACAUCAACAACAUCAACAAGUUCUACUUCAACUACAUCACAGUCCUCAACAACCUCAAGAACACCAACACCUUCAGUGUCAACAUCUUCAACAACUACACCAUCAAGUUCGUCUUCAACAACAAGCUCUUCCACAACAACUCCAUCAAGUUCAUCAAGCACAACAUCAUCAUCAACAACCACACCAUCAAGCUCCUCCAGUACAACAACACCAUCAAGCUCGUCAAGCACAACAUCAUCAUCAACAACAACACCAUCAAGCUCGUCAAGCACAACAUCAUCAUCAACAACCACACCAUCAAGUUCCUCAAGCACAACCUCAUCUUCUACAACCACUCCAUCAAGUUCUUCUAGCACAACUACACCAUCAAGCUCCUCCAGUACAACAACUCCAUCAAGCUCCUCAAGCACUACUUCAUCAUCAACAACAACUCCAUCAAGUUCGUCAAGCACAACUUCAUCUUCUACAACGACACCAUCAAGCUCUUCGAGUACAACAACCCCAUCAAGCUCUUCCAGCACAACUUCAUCUUCAACAACGACACCAUCAAGUUCAUCAAGCACAACAUCAUCAUCAACAACAACACCAUCAAGCUCCUCCAGUACAACAACACCAUCAAGCUCAUCAAGCACAACAACACCAUCAAGCUCAUCAAGCACAACAUCAUCAUCAACAACCACACCAUCAAGCUCAUCAAGCACAACUUCAUCUUCAACAACAACACCAUCAAGUUCAUCAAGUACCACAAGCUCUUCUACAACUACUCCAUCAAGCUCAUCAAGCACAACUUCAUCUUCUACAACAACGCCAUCAAGCUCAUCGAGCACAACAACUCCAUCAAGCUCCAGUUCUUCUAGUAGUUCUUCUCCAAUCCCUCGGUGUGAUGCUCCGCAAGGUGGUGUCAGAGAGGAGAUCAGAGGAACUCUCGUGGAGUCUAAGACGAUCGUUUUCACCGAAGGAGACGAUGACGGAGAUGUCAAUCCAGAUGAGUUGGUGGUCGGCAAAAAGCACAAUACUGGACUGAAGAUGUCUAUCAUCAAGUUCGAUCUGUCAGAGCUUAUUAAAAAUCAACAAGAAGAGAACAUUUGGAUCUACGAGUCAAACAUUUUCGUGACCGUGAAGGACGGAUCUGAAGGCAAGACCUGGAAGUCCCAGAUCACGAAGCUUCAUCCUGUGGCUGUACCGUGGGAUGAGAUCUCCACUAAUGUGGGCCAGCUCACUUCCGAACAAAACAUCGAUGAAAGCACUGGAGAGUUCAACGAGCUCACCAAGGAGAUCAACAGGAACAAGAAGAUAAGGACAGACUUCACAGAAACCAUCCAAAAGUGGAUCAGUCCCUUCAAUAAGAACAAGAAUCAGGAUUACUACGGCGUGGCCCUUGUCAGUCACUACACUGACGGCUCUGACGAGCGGGAGGACGCCAAGGAUGUCCGUUAUUACAGCUUCACCAACGAUACUGAGGUCGAGGAAGAUUUCCUACCUUGGAUCGAUGUUUGUUACAAAAAGGUGGAGAUCAAGGAGUGUAACGAUGAUUACGGAAAGGUUGUCACCAAUGUAGUCUCCAGCGUCGUACUGGUGAAGGACGGUGACGAAACUCUAACCCAGACCAACGAAACUCUAACCCACGGAAAGGACAACGAUGGCAAAAAGUACAGAACUGUACUCAAAUUCGACUUGGAGCAAUUUUCUGAGAAGUUCAAGACUUACCAGAUCGAUGAGUCGUUUGUACAUUUGAACUACUUGGGACCAUCUAACGAGGAUUCUCCUACCCAAAGAACUGUCAGCGUUUACAAGAUAACAUCACCAUGGACUGAAGAUGAUGUGACUUGGGAGAACCUCGAGUUCGACGAAGAUAAGCCUUACGGUUCUCUAAUAAUCGAGAAGAGCCGACUCGGAGGAACUGAAGUGACCAUUCCAAUCCACGAAUUGGCGCGUGACUGGAUCGAGGAAGGUGGUGUUGACAACUACGGUAUUGUGCUUAUAGACGAUGCUGAGGAUGACCAAGGAUCCACUCCGCAAUACGCUCAUGACGAUACUGAACCAUACCAUUACGCCCCUGAGAUGUCAAUCUGUCAAAAGACAAUCGUUUCGACCACUCCUACCCAGAUUAUCACUACAACAAUGCCAGUAACCGAUCGUAUCGCUACACAAACCACUCCAAUGGUUGUGUACGAGCCCGCCUGUGAAUCUAAGGUCAAAGAGCCUAUUGAAAAGAUGAAGGUUUGGGUUGUUAACGAUACUGUGGUGGUCGACCCUGACGAUUACGAUCCCGAAGAUCGUACUCUGUGUGUAUCGACAAACGAAAUCGCAAUCAAGUUCUGUUGGGACAUAAAGGGAAAAUGCAAGAAGAUGCAGAGGAGAGAUAUCUUCGGAAAGAUCGAGACAGAAUGCAAAUGUUGUCUGCCAAAACUGAAGACGGUAGAAACCGAAACAUUCGACUGCUUCGUGGAUAACAAGAACCCCAUAAAACGAACGAUACCAAUCGAGAAGAUACAAUCUUGCAACUGCAUGAUGUGUGCACGUGAUGCUGAAACUGGGGAUUCUACCGGCAUGGAAAAAGUCGAAGAGAACCUGAUUAUUGAUCAAGAUGGGCGAGCUGCUACAAUGCUGUUACUGUAAUUCUGUAAACAUUUUAGAAUGGAUUGUCAAGAGAGAAACUUUAAGUCUAUUUUUAUUUCGAUUUUGAAAAUUGUUCCUUGAUUAUGCGUAUUUUGGUCCACAAUGUUUUGUUUCCGUGACAAAUGGCUAAACAGUGACUUGUUGAAAAUAUAUGUGGGCCAAGAAGUAAAGUUGUCCUUGUCAAUUCUAAACAUAGAUCUAAAAUAACCUUUGUAAA